AUGAGGGAUCUGGGGUUCGCCAGGACAUCUUUGGUCUAUAACGUUUUGCUCAAUUUGUAUUAUAAGACUGGAAACACUGAUAAAUUUGACGUUCUGCUGAAUGAAAUGGAAGAGAGUGGCAUCGGUUGUGACAGAUUCACAUAUGGGAUCCGUCUCAGUGCAUAUGCUGCUGCUUCUGAUCAUGAGGGAAUUGACAAGGUUCUGGCAGAAUGGGAAUCCAAUCCUGGGUUCCAGGUGAAUUGGACUAAUUAUUCCGUUGCGGCAAAUGGUUAUGUGAAAGUAGGAAAUGUGGAAAAGGCUUUGGAAAUGCUAGAGAAGUCUGAAAAACUGAUAUCAAGCUCUGAAAGACAGAGGGCAGCAUAUGAGCACCUCAUUACUCAAUAUGCAGUGCUAGGGAAGAAGAUGAUUGCUGAGAAGAUCUAUGAAGAAUGGGAAUCCAGGAAAUUAACUUUUGAUAUUCGUAUACUGAAUCACUUACUUGGUGCUUAUGCCAGAAGGGGCCUUUUUGACAAGGCUGAAGCCUUUCUUAACAGGGUAAUACUUAAGGGUGGGAAACCGGAUACAUGGUCAUGGUUUACUUUGGCAAGAUUGUAUCUUGAAGAUAAUCAAAUUGAGAGGGCAGUUGAGUUGAUGAGGAGAGCGCUUUCGACUGAGGGGCUUCAGUGGAUCCAUGAAAAGGGUGUUUUGGCUGUCUGUUUGCGACACAUGAAAAAGAGAGCAGAUCUGGAGGGAGCUGAGGAGUUUAUAAGACAGCUCGGGGAUAAGUGUGUUAUCCCCGUAAGUCUGCAGGAGAGAUUGUUGGAUUAUAUUAAUAAAGAUGAUUCAGUCUCUAGAACCAGGUGA